CAGGCCAUCGUUUCAGAAGUCGAAUGAGGACUUAUGUCCACUUCACGGAACUAACCAUACACUCAACACGUGCCGUGGUUUUCGUGCUAAACCAUUAUCAGAGAGACUUGAUUUAAUUAAGCAGAAAGGUUUGUGUUUCAAAUGUUGCGGUCCCAAGAAACAUUUCCGUGACAAAUGUAAAGAGAAUGUCAAAUGCAGUGUUUGUGGUUCUUGUGAUCAUCCGUCAGCUUUACACGUAGAUGUUGAAAGUGAACCCCAGCAAAAGCACGAGGAGGAGAAUUCAAAUGAACAGAUUAGCAGCAUAUGCACUAAAAUAUGUGACUCAAUAUACAAUACAAGUAAAUCUUGCUCAAAGAUAGUACUCGCCAAAGUAUAUCAUUCUGAUAGACCAGAACAUUUCAAAAAAGUUUACUGCGUGUUAGACGACCAAAGUAACAGAACUUUAGCUUCUUCAGACUUCUUCAAUUUCUUCAGAGAAAAUGGCAAAUAAUUCAAAUACGCACUUGCUUCUUGUGCAGGGAGUUUCGUCAGUAGUGGACGAAGGGCUUCCGGAUAUGUACAAGAGUCACUGGACGGGUCAUCCUGUCUUAACGUACCUGAAAUAAUAGAGUGUAACGACAUUCCUAACAAUCGGGAGGAAAUACCCUCAUCUGUCGUAGCUUCAAGUUAUCCACACAUGAUGGACAUAGCAAGUUGUAUUCCUGACAUUGACAAUCAGUCUGAAAUACAGAUGUUAAUAGGCCGUGACCUAAUUAGAGCACACCAUGUUAUUGAACAUCGUGUAGGAGUCGAAGAGGUACCGUAUGCACAACGUUUGCGCUUAGGAUGGGUCAUUGUGGGGAAUGUAUGUCUGGGAAGAUUUCAGGAACAGCAACAUGUCAACGUGAACAAAACCGUUAUUGUCGGCAAUGUACAAUCUGCUUUAUUGUUUCCGUGUGAUAGUGAGACACCAGUUGGUUUAGACCCAACUUUCGAGAAGUUUAUACCAGACAAACCUCUUUUAGAGAACAGUACGCAAAGAUCAAACCAUGGAACAAAAUCAUUUGAUAUGAAAUUAGGUUGCAACUCUGAAAAGCCCACUCAUGAGUUAGAUACAGUCGCUUCAAACUGCAGAUCAGUGCUCGAAGCAUAUCAAUCAGAUGACCAUGCCACAAAUCUCAAAGACCUCGACCUUGGAUCGGCAAAUCUCUUGUUACAGAUGAACUUAGGUCUCUCCUGGGACACAGAACUAGACAAGUUCACCUUAAGAGUGUCUUCCGACAACAAGCCAUUUCCACGCCGUGGAUUUCUGUCAACAGUCAACAGUUUGUAUGACCCAAUUAGCUUGGCAACACCCGUGAUUAUCAAGGACAAGUUAUUUUUAAAUCCAACCUUAAGGUUUUUAUCUACCUAUGAUUGGAAUAAUCCAUUCCCAGAAUCACUAAAUCAAACAUGGGAAUCAAGUUUAUCUUCAUUGAGCCAACUUGAACAUUUGCCUAAACAGAAGAAGUACAUUGGACCUUCGUGUAUAAACAGUGUUAAACAAGAGGACUACAUGUUCUUAGAUGCUUUAAAAGAUGCAAUCACAGAUACAUACUUUAAUCGUAAGAGUGCCAGUACCUUUAACAUAAACUUUCACUUCAGACCGAUUACUUAGGACUAUUUCGCUUCUUGAAGCCGAGUGACUAUGACAGUGACAUCGUGUUUAAUCAACCACAUUUGAUACAUAAACAAUUAUUAUAACAUGCUAAUUUUCCAUGUGAUAUUAUCCUUUUAUUUUUGAAAAUGUAGUGAUUUCCUAUGAAAUCAUAGGAGGAGUGUACUGUUUUGGUAAAGUGCCGAAUUGACCAUGUUGUCCUUUUUGUAUCAUUUCACUCCCCAGUCUCUUUUAUCCCUCGAUAUUUGUCAAAACUGAAGCACGUUGUUUUUUCUAUUUGAAGUUUAAUCCACCACUAGAUUUUUUACCCUCUCCGGAGGUCUAUACCAAUAAACAGUUGAACUCUCAACGACUUAUCAGUACAGUAAAUGCAUUAA